GAGGAUCACAAACUGCUAUCUUUUCAAUAUUUUUCAAUUUGAGGGAUAUUUCUAGCUCUGCCAGUGCUACCAGUGACAGAGAGAGCAAGCAAAGCAAAGGCAAAAGGGAAUCGAUGUCGCUUUAGAAUUAGAUCACCACAUUUCCUUCGUUUGCAAGCGCACUCAAUCAUGGAAUGGUAGAUUUGGGAUUUUUAAGUUACACAUUUUUCAGGAAGUGGGGUUUGAAUUUCUCUGGUUAUCAUUUAUCCAGUCAUGGGCAAAUCACCUGGGAGAUGGAUCAAGACUGUACUGUUUGGAAAGAAGCCUUCCAAAUCUCAUUCUGCAAAAGGGAAGGAGGUACUGUUUCCUCUUCCGCCUUUUCUUUUAAGAACUACGAAAGAGAAAGCACUGUUGUCUGCAAAGGCAUCAGAAACUGAUACUCUUGUAAUCUCCCAUCCAACCCCUGUUCUCACCAUUCGCUCUGAAAGGCAGUUAGAACUUGACAACCAGGAGACUGCAGAUUUACCACAUGAUAGUGGCAUACUGUUACCAGUAAAUCAGGAUGCAGAAUUACAAGAGUCUGCACCCCAAACCACAUUAUCUGAUGCUGAUAAAGUAAAGCAAGAGGAAGCUGCAACGUUGGCACAAGCUGCAUUUAGGGGUUACUUGGCUCGUCGGGCAUUUCGGGCCCUUAAAGGCAUAAUAAGGCUCCAGGCGCUUAUCCGUGGGCACUUGGUCAGGAGACAAGCUAUUGCCACUUUGUGCUGUGUGCUGGGAAUUGUCAAGCUGCAGGCACUUGCUCGAGGAAUAAAAGUUAGGAAGUCAGAUUGUCAGCAUGAUGUUCUUAAAAGAUGCAAUGUGGUGAAGCCUCUGGAGGGCAAGCUUGGAAAUCUUGAUGGAGCUAAUGUUUCUAUCCAAAGAGCAAGGCUAUCAUCAAAUGCUUUUGUUCACAAGCUUGUGGAUUCAUCACCGGCUGUGAUGCCUUUACGCAUUUAUUAUGACUCUGUGGAACCAAAUUCAGUUCCAAACUGGUUAGAACGUUGGUCAGCAUCUCGCUUUUGGAAACCAAUUCCGCAGCCAAAGAAAAUUUCUCAUCCAAAAACUCAGAGAAAGCAGGUUAAUGGUCAUAUGCCAGAAGCAGAAACUGGUAGGCCAAAGCGCAGUGUUCGGAGGGUCCCUGCUGCAAAUGUUGAUAAUAAUUCGGUCCAAGCAAUCUCUGAACUUGAGAAGCCCAAGCGCAAUCUUAGAAAAGCUUCAAGCCAUCCAUCUGAUACAGUGCAGGAAAAUCCACAAAAUGAGUUUGAAAAGGUAAAACGUAACUUGAGAAAGGUUCAUAACCCGAUAAUUGAAAGCUCUGUUCAGCCGGAGUUAGAAAUUGAGAAACCAAACCAAAGCUUGGAAAAGGUAUCAGACAUUUCUGGUGAUAAUCUUUUGAGACAGAAUAUGAAUAAUUCAGGGGAGAAGACUAAGAAAGAAACAAGCCCACCAACACCCAAACUGUCUGUUGUGGUGAGGAGCGAAUCAACCUUGAUAGCAACUCAAUUGCCUGAUGUAGGAACAACUACUGAAACACUAGGAAUAAAUGAAGCAUCUGAAUUACUUGGUGAUCAAACCCUGGUUGAAUCGAUGCCUUCGGUAGAGAAUGGUGGUAAAGAUGAGAAUGAUGGUAAAGAUGAGAAUACUCCUGUUACAAAUGGUGAGUUAAGCCAUAAGGAAGAUCAAAUAAUCAAUGAGAAUCAUAAAUUCAGCAAGAAAACCUCUAGUCUGGCAAAGCAAGAACAUGCGGAGAAUGGGUUGCAGAGCAGUCCAGCACUCCCAAGCUAUAUGGCAGCCACUGAAUCUGCCAAGGCAAAACUAAGAGCACAAGGUUCUCCAAGGUUUAACCAAGAUGGAGCUGAGAAAAAUAAUAUUGUUCGGCGCCAUUCUCUUCCAUCUUCAACAAAUAGCAAAAUCAGCUCACAAUCACCAAGGACACGUACUGUUCAUUCUGGCAGCAAAGUGGGAAGUAAAAGUGACAGAUCGAAAGAAGGAAAUGCCAAGGCAACCCAGGCUGGGUGGAGGAGGUGAUCUUGGGUUUCAAGGGGUUAGCCUGAGGAGCUGAGUUCUGAUUUCAUCUUCUGUUAUCGUUUUUGUGUCUGUGAUGUAAGAUUAUGUUGUAAAACAAAAAAAUGUGGUCUACAGUUGGAAGGUGUGUUGGGCCCAGAGUCUUUUUUAGAUUUUGCUGCAGUAGGUAUCUGGGAGUGAAUGUACAUCAUAGGUUUUGAAUUAUUCGUUGUGCUACAGUCAUACAUUUAUUCUAAACUGUGGUUGGUUUUGAGGUGAUCUCUUCAGCUGUUAAUAAUGUAACUUUCUUUGCUUGUGUUUCAUCUGCGUAGAUGUUCGUGACUGUAAUUAAACUAGCUUGUGUGUACUUGGGCCCGCGUUGAACAUCAAAUGUAGUUGCUCGUGUCGUGUAUACACUUUAGUUUCCUA